AUGGCAAGAAACAACCAAACUGUAAUAAUCUCAGAGUUCCUCCUUCUGGGCCUUCCCAUUCCACCACAGCACCAGCACAUGUCAUAUGCCCUGUUCUUGGCCAUGUACCUCACCACUAUCCUGGGGAACCUCAUCAUCAUUGUCCUUAUUGGACUGAACUCCCUUCUCCACACACCCAUGUAUUUGUUUCUCAGUAACUUGUCCUUCACUGACCUCUGUUUUUCCUCCGUCACAGUGCCCAAAUUGUUACAGAACAUGCAGAGCCCAGUACCGUCCAUCCCCUAUGCAGGAUGCCUGACACAGAUGUACUUCUUUAUGGUUUUUGGAGAUAUGGAAAGCUUCCUCCUUGUGAUUAUGGCCUAUGACCGCUAUGUGGCCAUCUGCUUCCCUCUGCACUACACCAGCUUCAUGAGCCCCAAGCUCUGUGUGUGUUUGUUGGUGCUGUCCUGGGCGCUGACCACAUUCCAUGCCAUGCUACACACCCUGCUCUUGGUCAGAUUGUCUUUCUGUGGGGACAAUGUGAUCCUCCACUUUUUCUGUGAUCUGUCUGCUCUGCUCAAGCUGGCCUGCUCUGACACUCAUGUUAAUGAGUUGGUGAUAUUUAUCAUGGGAGGGCUCAUCAUUAUUUUUCCAUUCCUACUCAUUGUUAUGUCCUAUGCACGGAUUGUCUCCUCCAUUCUCAAGGUUUCAUCUACUCGAGGUAUCUACAAGGUCUUCUCCACUUGUGGUUCCCACCUUUCUGUGGUGUCACUGUUCUAUGGGACAAUUAUUGGUCUCUAUUUAUGUCCAUCAACUAAUAAUUUUACCAUAAAGGAAAGUGUUCUGGCUGUGAUGUACACAGUGGUAACCCCCAUGAUGAACCCCUUCAUCUAUAGUCUGAGGAACAGAGACAUGAAGAGAGCCCUUGUAAGAGUCCUUUGCAGUAUGAAAAUCUCUUCAUAG